AUGAAAUCUUACAGAAAUUCCAAGAGUGGAGUGAAUCGUGUUUCCUCCAACAUUGAACGCGGCUCCGCCAGUGAAGGCCGUCACCAAACAAGCGUUUUCCGUUCCAAAAAAGGCGUUGACAUCCUGGCGGAGGAUUUUCAGCAUUGUGGAUUUUCCACAACCUCCUGGAGCAGCGUCAAGCAUGAUGUGGAAAGGGUUUUCCUAAAGAUGGAACCGGGCCUUCACACAAUCACGGAUGAGUGUUUGAUUCCGAGACAACUGAACAGAAGUCGGUCGAGACAAGCGAACAGAAUUCAGAUGGUUAAUUUGCUGAGGAGAAGAAAAGAGCAUUCUGGCCACGUCUGA